UAAAAAGUCUUUUGAACUCAGGCAGAUAAUGGUAUUUUACAAUUUUAGUAUAGUAGCCCUCUCCUUAUAUAUGACUUAUGAGGUAAGUACAACAUUUAUUUGUAAUGCAUUUAUACAUUUUGUGACUCUAACUACUGCAUACCAUGUUCUGAGGAAUUUAUUAAUGAAAUUCCUCCUCUACAAUUCUCCAAAAAGCAUUUAGGUUGUUGUAAUUACUUUCCUCCAAGGAGUAUGCUAAACUAAUUGAGCUAAUACUUGGAAAAAGUAAGUCAGUCAUACCUAGAAAGGAAGAUUGUAAAAUAUUUUAUGUGCCAUUACAUGUCUCUUUAAAAAUUACAAAUCCUCAUAACUUAUUUAAUUUCCCUGGGCUGGGGCAGGCAAAGUAGAUUACAUGUUUUUCUUAGCCUGCUGUAAUUGUUUCUGUCCUGCUACAUGAUAGCUGACAGUUUCAACUGAUGCUUCAUGGACUGAUUCAACUUUAUAGACUAUGCUUAACUGCAGAAUAAACUUCAGUUAAAUCUGAAUUUUCAACUCUAGAGGUUUACAAUAUCUAAUUUUGAGAUCUUCAUCCUUAAAUCUUUAGCACUGACUUUUUAGAAGUAGUAAAUACUCUUUCUCUGAGAAGGAAUCUUGAGAUUUUGCUGUAGUGGGUAGUUCAAACAAAUGUUAAGACUUCAAAGUUGGAUGAGUUAAAUAUGGUUAUGCAGUGAAUGACCUAAAAUCCUUAAGCAUGAGUGGUACAUACCAUAUAAAAGCUAUCAUUUAGAACAAGCUUUUAAAACUUAAAGACAGCUAAUGGCUGCUUCAAUUAAAAAAAAAAAUGUAGCUAUUUAACAAUAGUAUUGUGUGAACGAUAGUCUUGUGCGUUUGCCUGGUAAAACACCACUGACUGUCUUUGUGUUAAAUGUGGUUAUAUGGCUGUAGCUAUUUCGGGUUUGGCAAAUUGGUAAUGAAAAGUUCCCAGAUGAUCCCGCCAAAUCGACAACCUUUCUGUUAACUCAGUUUGCAUAACUUCCAUCAUGAGUUACAGUGAACUGCUGACUGUUUUUUUUUUUCUAAACAAUACUUUAAAGUCCAUGCAGCAGCGGCUAUUUUGUGUAGUGACUGUUGUGUCAAAUGCCAUAAAUGUUGUGCGAAAUGCAUGCGUGUUUGUUUUUUUUUUUUUUUAAUUCUUUGUUUUGAAAAAUCUCCAAGCUGUCUUCUUUUUGUGAUUCGGUGAUGAGUUUGCUUUUGAUUUUAAACCCUUGGAAACUAAACCAAAAAUUAAACUUAAAUUUAAUACUAAUACAGUCUUUGAUUAAUCUGCUGUGAAGGCGCCUAUUUUAAAAUUUCAUGAAAGAAUACAUAGAGACAGUAUAACAGAUUGAAUCUCAGCCAUUGUCUGGCUCUCAGCAAAAAGCUAAUUCUUUCCCUCUUUGGAUCCAAGCCAUUUUGUGGGUGCUUUAGUACUGUGCUGUCUUGAUGAUAUUUCAAAUCUUGUUUUAUUUAAGCAACUAGUUCUUUAAAAAUAAAACAGCUAAUGCAGUUAUGGACUAAAACCUUCAUCUGUCAAGAAAACUGAACUUCCUAUCAUCCAUGAGUGGUGGAUUAUGAUGAUUAAUCCAUGACAGUUUCUUAUGUCAGGCUGGGCCACAGGGUAUUCAUUCCGGUGUGAUAUUGUUGACUACUCAAGGUCACCUACAGCUCUCAGAAUGGUACGAGUUUGUUGGCUUUACUAUUUUUCCAAGUUUAUUGAAUUAUUAGACACUAUAUUUUUUGUUCUGCGUAAGAAAAACAGCCAAGUUACAUUCCUGCAUGUCUUUCAUCAUUCCAUCAUGCCAUGGACCUGGUGGUUUGGAGUCAAAUUUGCUGCAGGUGGUUUAGGAACGUUUCAUGCUUUGUUGAACUGUAUUGUACAUGCCAUCAUGUACACUUACUAUGGACUCUGCUCUUUGGGACCAGCCUAUCAUAAAUAUUUGUGGUGGAAAAAAUACAUGACAACUAUACAGCUUGUCCAGUUUAUUAUGGUUACAGGCCAUAUAGGACAAAUCUACAUUAUGGAUGACUGUCAGUACCAGUAUCCAAUUUUCAUGUUUAUUAUUUGGCUGUAUGGCUCUAUGUUUUUGGUUUUGUUUCUCCACUUCUGGUACCAUGCUUACACAAAGGGGCAAAGACUACCAAAGAUGACAAGAAAUGGGAUCAGCAAAGAUCAGUGAAACAAAGUCUUGUCUAUAAAAAUGUGUAUAUCUCACAGUGGAAACUUGUACUACUUGACAAUCAAGAUACUUAGGUGCACACUACACUGUGUAUAUUUUGUAUGUUUUUUUUUCCAAAACAGAGCUUGUAUUUUUACCAUAAGUUAUUUGGGUUUCAGAAUUUGGGGGAAUUGGGGGAACAAUGUGGAUCUCUAAUUAAAAAAAUAUUUUUUAAAAGUUGCAUUUUUUUUAACAACUUGCUCAUCUCUAUCCUGUUAGAAAUGACUGGAGAGAUGAUUUCUAUUUAGAAGAUGCAUGCAAAUACAAAUAUUCAUUGGGAAAACUAAAAUGUGUAUGACAAGUACAUAGCACUUUGAACGCUGAGAAAAAAAUUAUUUCACUUUGUUAUAAGUUAUUGAAAACGUCAGCUGCAUUUGAUUAAAAGAAUUAAAUUUCAGUCAGUACAGUUUAUAGAGCUUAUAAUUAAUAAAGCUUAUAAUUAAUAUAGUUAAUACAUUUAAACAUUGUUAUAUGUGUUUACCAACUAUAUCACAUUAAAGAAUGGGCUAUAUAUAUGUGUCAAAGUAUGGUGUCUAAUUUGAAGAUUUUUUUUUUGGACAUAUCCUCUCUUACUAAAAUAUCUCAAGUCACUUCAUGCAGGAAACUUAUACUCAUUUAAGCAUUAUCCCAAGUGAAGGAAACAUCUACUAAUUUAAACAUUAUCUGAAUUAUCUUGUUGUAUAAUGAUCAAAAAAAACUACUGAUGUGUUCAACAAAGAAUAAAAAUAUUGUUAUAUUAUUCAACAUGUCUACAGAGAUAUUUUGAUUUUGGUAGGCUAGCCUGUUUAGGGGGAAAAAAAUCUUGUAAUUCAGUAGCCAGAAUCUUAGUCUUCCAUUAACUUUUUUUUCUUUAAUGGAGUUUGAAGCCAAAAUAUCAGCUAGUAUAGAUUGUACUGUGCCCUAUUGUUCUCCCAUUUCCCUUACCUAUUGAAAUAUAUGCCUAGAAAUUUUUAUUUUAUUGUUUGUUUGUUUUAACAACUUGAGGUUAAGGUUCCUCUAUUGAUAGCACUUUGCCUCUGCUGUCUGGUACUAGGUAAAAACAUGCAUGCCGUUCCUUGAACUAUUGAGAGGAACGGUGCAGCAGGCCGUGGUCAUAGGACAUGACUGCAGUCCGUAUAGAAUCAACCAACAUGUUAUUUUUCCAUGGCUAGGCAGAUUGUUGUGGUCACACCUGUACAGAAAUUAAAGGACCUAGCUAUCUGUAUGCAAGUUGAAUUUAUACUGUACGAGUUUAUUAAGGAAUUACUGUACACAAUAGACCUGUAAACGAGAUGUUUAAGAAGUUUUAAAUGAACAUGUUGUAUACUGUUUUCUAUUAUGAUCACUGCUAAUAGAAGAGAAGCCUGUAAUUUUUGCUUUGUACUUGAUUCAGUCUGUGGGAUUUUCAAAUACCUUAAACUUUUGGGGAUUCUUGAGUUGCCUCCCUGUUGUACAAUUCCAAAAAAGUAAGUUUUGUUACCUGGUUACUUUUAUGGGAAUAAUGACAUUUAUUGUGUUUGGUUAGUGCUAAAA